AUGUUGAAGUACUUCAAUGAGAACAUAUCCCUAGCGCUCCAGGAGAGGUACAGGGACCUCCAUGAGUAUCGGAAGACGGAAGUAGAGGACUCACCGAGGGAGGCAAAAGUACCAAAAAUAGCGGAAGAAGGUGAGGCGGUCGGCGGCGAGGGCGCUUUCGAACCGGGCGCCGCGCCGCCGUUCCCUCGACUCCUGGAGCCGCCCAAGGAAGAAGAGAACUUUGUGGCCAGUUGGCUGCAUAACUCCUUCAAGAUGACAGCGGCAGAAGGCAAUGAGGCUGCUGCUGGAGGCAGUGCCUUAGACCUUCGCGCUGCACCUCUGUCCCUUCACAUACCAACCUUACAGACGGAGGCACAGAGGUUUAAGAUGCAGGAUUUCUGGAACCGAAGCCGCCCAGGGUCACCACUGCAGGAGCAGGUGGAGAACAACCAGCCAGGCCCUGCGCCUCCCACUCCUCAGCCACCUGCCACUCCUGAUCACAAAAUGAUGACGGAGAAACUUGUCAGUGAAAUUCAGCAACAACAGUCUCCAUCAGCCGACUCGACCAUGAGCGAGCGUUCCCUCGUGCCCUUUGCGCUGGUAAAUUUACUAUCAUCAAUCAAUAAAGUCGAUCCGCAGCAGUCGCCGUCCGGGGAAGCCCCUAUGGGCGACCGCAACGUGCUGCCCUUCGCAUUGGUAAAUUUCCUGAAUAGCCUCAAUAUCGAUCAACAAGCGCGAUCCGGUCAGAGUAUUAGCGAGCGGACGCUGGAAGAAUGCUGGUCUACACUUCAGCGAAUCUUUAUGCAUAAGAACGCCAUGCAGAUGCACGCGAGGGAACUCCAGCGAGGGUUGGGAGGCGAGGUGAAGCCUCAUCAGUGCCAGCAAUGCCUGAAAUCCUUCAGUUCCAACCACCAAUUGGUACAGCAUAUUAGAGUACACACUGGAGAGAAACCGUACAAAUGUUCGUACUGUGACCGACGGUUCAAGCAACUCAGUCACGUUCAGCAACACACGAGGCUACACACUGGCGAGCGUCCCUAUAAAUGCCAUUUGCCGGACUGUGGCAGAGCUUUCAUACAGCUGUCCAAUCUUCAGCAACAUCUACGGAACCACGACGCACAGGUAGAAAGGGCUAAGAACAGGCCAUUCCAUUGCAAUAUAUGUGGGAAAGGGUUCGCUACUGAGAGCAGUCUUAGAACGCAUACAGCGAAGGAGCUUCAGCUGCACCUUGGUGUUUUGCAGCAACAUGCGGCACUUAUGAUAGGUGGCGCCACGGCCACCCCAUGCCCCAUAUGCCACAAAGUCGUAUUCGGGGGCGAAGCCCUAGUAGAGCACAUGAAGAACACUCAUAAGGACCCGAAUGCGUCCGGCGUUGCGAGUCCGCCCUCAACAUCACCGUAUCCACAAGCUAAACCUAUUGAUCCUUAUAUAGCGAAGCGGCGGACUGCGAAUCACCCGUGUCCAGUGUGCGGCAAGCAUUAUGUGAAUGAAGGUUCUUUGAGAAAACAUCUCGCUUGUCAUCCUGAGUCGCAACUGUCGGGUGGACUUCGAAUGUGGCCGUGUUCUGUUUGCCAAGCAGUGUUUACACACGAAAGUGGCCUCCUCUCCCACAUGGAACAUAUGCGAAUGGAACCGAAACAUCAGUUCGCGGCUCAAUACGUUCUAUCUCGAGCUGCUGCAGAGCGACGCGAGAGAGACAUAAUAGCUGCCGUCUCAGCAUCCGCUGGUAGUUCUGGUCUACUGAACCUUGCACCACCAUCACCGGCACAUUCUGACUCUUCAUCCAACGGACGCCUUUCAUCAUCAGCAGGUUCUGAAGUCGGGACAGCCGUAAAUAAACUCACAGACCUCCUCCGAUCAAAUGGCCAAUAUGACGAGAGAAUGGCUGCCAUAGCCGCAGCUGCCAACAUGAUGACCCAAUCUGGUGAGAACAACGCAGUACAAGUGGCAGCGGCAAAUUUAGUAUCAGCAAUGCGUCAACAACUAGCGAGAGAACCGACACAAGAAGCCCAACCACCGUCUGAGGCGGCAUUACGAAUCCAGCAAGCUGAAGCUUUACUUAGAACUCAGGCUGAAGCACUAAGAUUAGCUGUGUCGCAAGCACAUAACAAUGAAAACCCGCCAUUACGACAUAACGGGUUCCAAACGAAUGAGCAACUAUCACCCGAGUUAGUAGAAGCCUUCAGAAUUGCUCAGGAACAGAGACUAGAGCAAGCGCUUAGAUUGCACGAUCCGAGAAUGCUGGGUUUUAAUCUCCCCUCGCCAGUUCAGCAGGCUCAGGCUCAGGCUCAGGUUGCUCAGGUUGCUCAGGUCGCUCAGGCGGCUCAGGCGGCUCAGGCUGCUCAGGCCGCUCAGCAAGUGGUUCAACAACAACAAAUGCAACAAGCCGCCCAAGUCGCACAACAAGCCGCACAACAAGCAGCACAACAAGCUGUCCACCUACAACAAAACACUCAGCCA